UUUGACGCUGUGCUGCGCCUUGUGCAGAGCGCCGCGCACAUGUGCCGCGGGGGCGGGCAGCCCGCAUAGAUGCGUAGAGACAUACCCAGCGACGCGGCCCGCGAGCGAUUCGCGGCUGCCGACGCACCAGUAGGGGCAGCCAUGGAGGACGACCUCAAAGCCCUCGCGCGGCGCUGCGUGCCCGACCCGACGCUGGAACGCUUCUUCCGCGACGAAGAAAGUGAAGAGGGCCCCGCGCGCUGGACGCCGGUUCAUUUGGAACGCUACGCUAGGGUCCUGGCCGCCGACGGCACGCUCGACAGGAGAAGGACGGUCACGGGCAUCGCGCGCACCGAUAGACGAAGCCACUCGCCCCGCGACGACGAGGACGAGGACGAGGUCGAGACGCUCACGACGGGAGAUUUCCGCGCGAAGCUGCGCGCCGUCGGGAAGUACUCGGGAAAACUGAAAAAUACAAGGGCGUCCAUCGACUCGAGCCAAGCACUCGCCGCCGCGGAGUCGGGCCGCGGCGACCUGCCGGACGUAACUACGAAAGAUGAAAACGUCUGGCUUCCUUCAUUGGCGGACAACGCGGCGCUCUACGCGGCCUUUACACCCGCAAUACUGCAUCGCGGGUUGUUGAACGCCCACGCGAAGCAGCUCGAGGAAGUGAGACACAGCAACCAGUCGUUCGACAGUAGUGAGAAGCAAUCCUUCGAGAACGUGCAAAUGAGACCAGAAACGUUUUCUGUCGAUGGUGCGUUAUUUUUCGUGGACAUCUCGGGCUUCACGAAGCUGUCUGGCCGCUUAACGGCGGACGAACUGAAGUACCACUGCAACGCCUACUUUGGUUUACUGUUGGGCGUCAUCUCGCGGCACGGCGGCGACCUGCGUGGAAAUCAAAUUUCAGGCGCCCCAUCCGUGACCGCGUCGGCUCGAUGGCGUACUCACUGGUUGAUGUCCACGCAGGCGGCGACGUCCUCAAGUUCCUGGGGGACGCCUUUUUUGUGUUGUGGCCCUGUGCGACGGACGCUUCAAGUGAAGCAAAGGCCUGCAACGCGUGGCGCGCGGCUAGAUGUGCCGUCGACGUGAUGCGGAGUUGUGCCACAUAUGACGCCGGCGCGGGGGCUCAUGCCGUGUCUUUACGACUCCACUGCGGUCUAGGAGUUGGAAAGGUGCAUGUUUAUGUGGUCGGUGCUUGUGAUAGGUGGGAGUUAGUGGUUGCGGGGGAUCCCGUGCGGCAGUUAUCAGAAACUGAGGGCGAGGCGGAACGAGGUCAAGUCGUCCUGUCGAAGGAGACCGUUUUUAGAUUAAGGAGCGCCCUCGUUGCGUAUCCUUUACCUCUGUCUGAGACUUCAAGAGGCAAUUACCGACUUGAUUGGAGUCAUACAUCGACGAAACCCUCUAUGGCGACGCAAGACUCGGAUAGGAUGGCCUUUCUCUCGUGUGAAAAGAGGCCGAACUACACGUCAAUCAUGAACGACCGGACGGCCUUCGGCGACCAAGCAUCAGACGAAGCUAGAUCCUUCUCCCACAAACAUGUCAGGGAGGCGAACUGGAGUAAUGACCCGCCACAGAUCGGUGGGCCAUCACCCGACGACGCCGAAGCGGUUAAUGAAGCGAGAGCGAAGCGCCAGGCCUUCGGCAAAACGGUAAGAUGCGUCGCCCGACCGCUGCGCGCCUUCGCGCCCGAGGCGUCGCGCGCGGACCUCGACGCCGGCACACCUGGGUUGUUGGGUGCGUUGCGAGAUGUAGUUACUGUGUUUGUGGACGUGAACGGACUCAGUGACGCUCUCGAAGGUGGCGACGUCGACCGAGUACAAUCAGCCAUGGAAGCUACGGUAAGAGCCGUCAGAGCCUGGGAUGGGAUGCUCCGCCAAUUUGCUGUUGAUGAUAAGGGCGUCGUUUUUAUUGCUUGUUGGGGCGUGCCCGGCCACGCCCACGAAGACGAUGAAGCAAGAGCUGUUUCAAGUGCGAAGGAGGUGUUGGCGGCGUUGUCCCUGCAAGGUCUCGAGGCGCGAGCCGGCGUCGCGUCCGGAAAUGCAUUUUGUGGACUAGUAGGUAAUGCAGCUAGGGCCGAGUACGCCGUGAUCGGUUCUUCUGUGAAUUUGGCCGCUAGAUUGAUGUGCCACGCGCCGCCUUCGUCCGUUUUAGUAUCAGGCACGGUUCGCGACCGCGCGUUGAGUAGCUUCGACUUCGAAGGUAAAGGCUCUGUCAGAGCCAAGGGUUAUGAGGAUCCCAUACCAGUCUACCGACCCAUGAGACGGGAAGUUAGGACAGAGGUGGAGUUGGUUAAUGAGACGAUCGGGCGGGAAGAUGAACGGAGGCAGGUCUCGGAAGCUCUUGAGAAUGGUGUUACUUUCUUAAUUGGUCCGCAGGGCGCUGGUAAGUCAAGGUUACUCCGGGACGCUCUGCUAGCCAGUAAUAAGAGAGUGGUCUGGUGCUCCGCUUCCGGUGGCGCUCCGGUCCUCGCACCGUGCGCGUGGGCCCUCUGUGCGGGUGCCUCCGACACUUGUACAUUUAGUGGCAGGGCGGCCUCGUCCAAAGCUCUGAUUGAGGGCGGCGCCUCCGAUCAAGAUGCGGACGCAUUAGCUCGCUUGCUCAACGCGCGCCGAAGCUCCGCGGGCGUCAUCUCGAACGGUGCGGCGUCCGUCGCGCGGGCCGUGUCCGGUAUUGUCAAGAAGGCGGGAUCCCCAGUACUCUUCAUCGACGACGCCCAGGACCUGGGAGCGGCGGACUGGGCCGUGCUUUCAUUGCUCGAUGCGCCCUGUGCCAUACUCGUAGGCAUGCGGCCGAUCGGUAGAUACGCGCGCAACGCGACUGCGGCGCGCAACGCACUUGUCAAGAUGCUUACCAAAGCUUCCGUGAUAGCCUUGGAUCCCCUAUCCAUCGCAGAGACGGCGUCGCUCUUCACGGCGUGCCUCGGCCUUUAUCAGGGUUCUGGGUUUGACGAAUCUGGGAGACUGCACGAUAGGGCCGCCCGAGCUCUUCACGCGAAGACGAAUGGCGAGCCGCAUAGAAUAACGCACGCCGCCACAGUUAUAAAAGCGAGAUUGGAUGCUUCCGACCUGGAGUCUGAGUUAGCUUCAUUAACACCGGACGCUCGCAGACGCGACCUGAAGCGCACGGUCGUCGCGCGCUUCGACGCUCUCUCGCGGCUCGAACAAGCUGUGUUAGCGGCUGCCAGUGUCCUCGGUGCCUCCUUCUGCCUCGAACCGCUCGUGUCAAUCGUCAGUAAGCAGACGGACGAAGCGACGCACGACGUCAUCCGAGGCGAGGUCAGUACGAUGCGUAGUCGCUUACGCUACGCUCUCGUGACUUUAAUUGAGAGGAACUUUCUGCGGAAAAGACGAAGAAACGGACAAGAGGAAUUCGAGUUUUCGAGAAGUGACGUGAGGAGCGACGUGUAUGGAUUGCUACCAGUAUUAACUCGACAACGACUCCAUGGCUUCGCUUCUGAUUUUUACGAGGAGGACUUUGUGAGGGCGCACCACCUGGUCCACGCCGGGACGUCGCGGUCGCCGGAAAGGGCGUUGAUUGCUGUUGCUGAAAGGUGUUCUAUCACACCGGAAACGAGACCCGAAGCGAUUCUAGCUUACUCGUUGCUACUCCAUGUCGAGCUCGCCGGCCAGGGGUCGUGUGGUUCUCCAGCCUACGCCGCUCUGUUAAAACCGGCCUGGCACGAGACCGAUAUAUUUUUACAACCGGACCAGGAGUGGCUCGAACCUGAACUCUUCGAGUCGCCCCCUCAUGGAGUGAGAAUCGCCGCCAUCCUGCAGGCGCUCGCUUCUUUAGAAUUCUCGCUGGGCCACUCGAGGACGGCCUACGCGACGGCGUCGGCUGCUGUGUGGAAAUCAUUUCUUGACGAUGACGCGGCUGUGCUGGCUCCGUCGAGCGAUGAGGAACCGGCAUCGCCACGCCAUCGAGCAGGCGUCGCGUCGAUGGCAUGGAGGUUGACGCGACGAUUCAGCACGAAGGCGCGUGAUUUUUUGAUUUUCACACAGGUCGGCGGGGUUAGCAGCGCUGGGGGACGCGUCAAAUUCCACAAUGGCGCGGCUGCGGGCGCUGCGGAGUAUAAUCCUCGCGGAGCGCGGUGAACUGGAGCGGGCGUCCGCGGAGGCGGCCAAGGCCGUGUCAUGUGAAGAAGAUCAGGAUACGCCGGGGCCCUACCACAUCUCAUUAUCAUCAUCGUCGCCGGAGGCGGUAUGCUUAGCCUGCGCUUCAUUAGGCGACGCGGCCCACCUGAGGAAAGCGGCUCGAUUGAUACCGCGGACGAAAUCAAACUAUGCCACCGGUUUCGUGUUAAGGGCCGCGGCGCGGUUCCACGCUCGUCGAAACGACCCCGACGCGUGCGCCUCGGCGGCGUGCGGCGCGGCGCGCGCCUUCGACGCGUGCCACGAACCAUCUUUGGCGACGGAGGCGCGCGCGACCGAGGCGCUGGCGUAUGUAACACAGGGGCGCGCGCGGGCGGCAAUGAAGGCGCUGCUUGCGGUGGAGGGCCCGCCGGCGCCGCGCGCCGACGCCGCGCGUGCGGCGGCCGUCGCUGCCGUCGCGAAGCUCUGCGGCGACGAGGAGACAUACGAGGCGUGCGCGCGGGCGGCCGGCGAUGAAAUAAAGCGGGCCGCGGAGGCGCUGGCUGCUGGGGUGACUGUGGACGACGGCGAGGCGCCGGAGGUUAUGGUCGACGCCGUCGACCCGUGGCUGUCUUUAUCUGCUUAUCUGGGGAACGUGGCGGAGGAGUUUAUUAGUUAAGUGUGUACAUUCUAUAACAACCAAAAUUCUAUACACACCGUACCCCUG